GUGUUGGUUAUUAGGCGCUGCAUCCUGUUUUGUAGCAGACAGACAGGGAAAUUAUUGGCAAGUGGCUGUAGAAGCGUCUGUCAGAGUGUACUUGCAUGGUGAAAGGUUUGUUGCAAUACCGACCUAAAGAACAGCCCAGUAUGGAUGGAGAUGAGAACCCCCUCCUUUACCCGUCAUUGUUUGAGGAAUGUGCAACGAACCAUUUUAGUCCUGCAGAUGCUAGAUCCCGGAGGCCAUUCCAUAUAGAGCCUGCCUACAUUACCAGCAUUAAUGAUGACCCUGUGAGGGUUACAAUCCAGGCUUCGGCUAUGAACAAGCGCAUUCAUUACUACAGCAAGCUCGGCCCUCCAUCUGAGCAGGCCCUGAUUGCUCCUGAUCAUGUCAUUCCUGCACCAGAAGAAAUCUAUGUUUACAGUCCUUUAGGAACUGCUUUGAAAAUUGGUGGAGCAGACGGCACUGAAAGAAACUCCAGCAUUGUUACAAUAUUUAUGAUCUGGAACACAAUGAUGGGAACAUCAAUCCUCAGUAUCCCCUGGGGGAUUAAGCAGGCUGGGUUCACUACUGGUGUUAUCAUCAUUUUCCUAAUGGGCCUUUUAACGCUCUACUGCUGCUACAGGGUUGUAAAGUCACGUGCGGCAAUACCUUUCAUCGACACUGUACAUUGGGAAUUCCCUGACGUUUGCCAGUACUAUUUUGGCUCCUUUGGUCGGUGGUCCAGUCUCCUGUUCUCUAUGAUGUCUCUUAUUGGAGCAAUGAUUGUUUACUGGGUGCUGAUGUCCAAUUUCCUCUUUAAUACAGGAAAAUUUAUUUAUAAUUAUGUCCAUCAUGUCAAUGUUACAGAUAUCGGGCUGAGCACCAAUGGAAGUGAUAAAGUUAUUUGCCCGAAUACCGGAGACCCUACACCACCGAAUGCAACUCUGGAUAUGACUGUAGGAAACAGCACUGACUUUGAGCAGUUUCAGAUGUGGUGGAGUAAAACGGAUACUGUUCCCCUUUAUCUCAUCAUUGUUCUGCUGCCACUUCUCAACUUCCGAUCCCCAUCUUUCUUUGCUAAAUUCAAUGUCUUGGGAACAGUCUCUGUACUCUACUUGGUGUCACUGAUCACGUUUAAGGCCUCUCGGAUUGGAUUUCAUUUGAACUUUCGGUGGAAUGAAUUAGCAGAAUAUUUUGUCCCUGAAUUCAGGUUAUCUUUUCCCCAGUUAACUGGAGUCCUAACACUUGCAUUCUUCAUUCAUAACUGUAUCAUCACACUUCUGAAGAACAACAGAAAUCCAGAGAAUAAUGUAAGAGAUCUCUCAGUAGCAUAUCUACUUGUCGGAUUAACAUAUAUGUAUGUUGGGGUCAUGGUAUUUGGUUCAUUUCCUUCUCCGCCACUGGCAAAAGAAUGUAUUCAACAAAACUUUUUAGAUAAUUUCCCAAGCAAUGACAUCCUGUCAUUUGUUGCAAGAAUAUUCUUACUCUUUCAAAUGAUGACUGUAUAUCCGUUGUUGGGGUAUCUUGUCAGAGUGCAGCUCCUCGGACAUAUCUUUGGAAACAAUUAUCCAAGUUUUUUCCAUGUCCUGGGACUGAACAUCGCUGUUGUCGGCUUUGGCGUUCUCAUGGCCAGAUUUUACCCCAACAUAGGAGGAAUUAUUAGGUUCUCAGGAGCUGCCUGUGGCCUGGCGUUUGUCUUUGUUUACCCGUGUCUGAUCCACAUGAUUGCCCUAUAUCGCAGCCAACAGCUCCGGUGGUAUUCCACUAUCACACAUGUCUCCAUAAUUGUUUUAGGUGUGGCUAACCUGGUGGCACAGUUUCUCAUGUGAAGGACAAUUUACACAUUACUAUUUACCCUUUCUCUCUCUGUGAUGCUGGACAGAUGUACUGAGAUGGCGAAUGCCCAAUUUCUGUAAAACGGUCUAUGUAUCACCAUAAGAAUAUCACACUCUGGUAAUAUUUGCUUAUGAUGAUCACAGCUGUAUGUGUCAUUAUAUGAAGUCAGUCUCCUUUGUUAUGUGGCUAGAUGGAGUUAGAAGUGCCAUAGCAAAUGCAAAUCCAGUUUUAUUGAGCUAGGGUAAUUGAAAGGGAAAAAUAUCAUCAAAGUAUAUAAUUAUUUAAUAUUGUAAAGCGUAAUCAAACUUUGCUCCUUAUUUUAUUAGAACAAAAAAUACGCUAUCAUUAGUCUUUCAGGAUGAAGUUGCUGCCACAAUGUUUUGGUUGGCGGUUUUGUCUUACAACGUUCUAGUUUCGGAUUCUGUAGCUAAGAUAGGUUAAAUGCCACAAAUAGUUUGGUUUGGUUUUUGUCUCUGACAAAUGGACCGCCCAAUGAUGGGAAAUGCAGCCCGCCCAGCGAUAACAACUGUAAGUGCUAGAAUUGUCGCUGCUCGUGGGUUUGACUGGGAAAUGUAAAGUUUGUGUUUUGCACUUAUAUUAUUGCUGCUUUAAAUAUCCAGGUUAAAACCCACUUCUUUGUGAAUCUAGCCCCAUGUGUGAUGUAUCAGCCUUCCCACAGGGGCUCUGCCAGGCCCUGGUAAUGGGAGGGGGUUUGGCCAGACCUCGUCCUUAGAAAAUGUAAAAGAAAGUUUGUGUUCGGCCGCCAGUGUUAGAUGAUGUGGGCGGCAGCGGCUCUCCCCCCCCCCAACCCCGCACAUCAUACAGGGAAGGCAGAUGUACUAAGUCUUGGAGACUGAGAAAGAGUGACAAAAUGAAGAGGGAUAAAGCACCAGACAUUCAGGUCUUAAUUGCCAUGCUAUAGGCUGUGUAUGAAAAAUGGCAGGAGUCGAUUGGCUGGUAGUUUAUCUCUUUCCACUUUAUCACUCUCCAAGGCAUAGUGCAUCUGCCACAGGGAGAGAGAGGACUGACUGCUUCUGCAGCUGCCUCUCUGCGCUAGGCUUGGAAGAGGCUGCAACGGGGAAGGGGGGGGCCUCCAACUGGCCCGGGUAAAGAGCACCUGUCCCCCCUACUCUCUUGGUGCCACUGCCUGCCCGUACAUUUGCCAAAAAUAUGGCACCAACCUAGUAGAUCAGGCCUAAAUGACCAAAGUGGCUGAUUCAGGGAUUUGCGGAACUUCGUUGUUCUCACAAAUCUCAGAUUUUUUUCUCUUUUAUAUGCGCAGGAGGGAGGCAGUCAAUUUACCGCCUGUCGGAAUCCCUGCAGUCAGGAUACCGACGCCGGAAUCCCGACACCAGCUAAAAUACCGGUGGUCAGAGUCUCGACCAUUGGCUGGUUACCCCUCUUGGGUGGUGGUCCACGCCACCACCCGGAGGGAAAUAAAAUCUUGUUCUAUUCCCCUCCGCCACACUUUGGGCUCGCCAUGACCAAAGAGUAGCGAGCCCGCGUGGGGAUACGCUGCACUUGCCGCCGGGAUCCCGGCUAUCGGGCUCCUGGCGUCGGUCUACUGACCACGGGGAUCUCGUAUUGAUCCCGCGCAGGAGCCGCACUGCACAUGUGCAGAUCUGGUCCAACGAUAUUGGCCGGAAUGCCCUGAAAGCCAAAGCAUGAUUGACAAUGCUGAUGGCUUUUGGGGCCAGCGACGUUGAGCGUUCCAGAAAACACUGGCCCCUGCUGCGAUUUGGCCGGACAUCCUGAGUAACCUGAUGCCUGAAUGCCUCACACAGAGGAUCCGAUGCUGUGUCUUCAGACACAGCCAGCGGAUCACAGAAGCUGGCAGUGGGCAUCUUUUACCUCAAGACGCCUCCUGUGGCUUUUGCACAUUUUAGCACAGCCGCUGCGUACAAAGACGCAGGUGCUGUGCCUUUAUCAUCUUUGCGUGAGGCCCAAAAUGUUUUCCUACUGUCCAUUUGUAUCUGUCUAACACUUAUAUUUUGAUGGUAGUUUUAUAGUCUAAAGCUUAAAUUUAUCAGUGUUAAACAAAUGUCCAUGAAGAAAUAGCAUCAAGAAAACAGCAGUAUCCACUGACAUUUUUUUACCGUUUUUUACCGUUUUGUGUAUAGUUAUUGUGUAAUACACUUGAAUACACAACUAACCACAACUACUA